UAGGGGGCGUGGCGCCCGGCGCAGCUUGAUGACGACAUUAGGCGCCGAGUGGCUGAAUGGCGGCUCCCUUCUCUGAGAAGCUCGAGAGUUGUGCUAUCAGCACGGCAGUGGUUCCCUAAGGCAGCCAUUUCUUGCUUGCCCUGGGCGGCUGCUAUGACGUCCCCUCACCUACAACAGCCUAGUUUUCUCCUGGCUAGCCUGAAAGCUGACUCUAUAAAUAAGCCCUUUGCACAGCGCUGCCAAGAUUUGGUGAAAGUCAUUGAGGAUUUCCCAGCCAAGGAAUUGCACGCCAUCUUCCCAUGGCUGGUGGAAAGCAUCUUUGGCAGCCUGGAUGGUGUCCUUGUUGGUUGGAAUCUCCGAUGCCUACAGGGACGUGUGAACCCUGUAGAGUACAGCAUAGCAAUGGAGUUCCUAGACCCAAGUGGCCCAAUGAUGAAGUUGGUUUAUAAGCUUCAAGCUGAAGACUAUAACUUUGACUUUCCUGUCUCCUGUCUUCCUGGCCCCGUGAGGGCAUCCAUUCAAGAGAAUGCCCUCCCUGACAGCCCUCUGUACCACAACAAGGUCCAGUUUCCCCAGAGCGGAGGCCUUGGCCUACACCUGGCUCUCAAUCCAUUUGAGUACUACAUGUUCUACUUUGCUUUGAGCCUCAUCUCUCAAAAGCCAAUGCCUAUGUCCCUCCAUGUUCGUACUUCGGACUGUGCCUAUUUCAUCCUGGUGGAUAGGUACCUGUCGUGGUUCCUGCCCACUGAAGGCAGUGUGCCUCCACCACUCUGCUCCAGUCCAGGAGGCUCCAGCCCUUCCCCUGCUCCCAGAACACCAGCCAUGCCCUUCGCCUCCUAUGGCCUCCACACUAGCCUCUUGAAGCGACACAUCUCUCAUCAGACAUCUGUGAAUGCAGACCCUGCGUCCCAUGAGAUCUGGCGGUCAGAAACUCUCCUCCAGGUUUUUGUGGAAAUGUGGCUUCAUCAUUACUCCCUGGAAAUGUAUCAAAAAAUGCAGUCGCCUCACGCCAAGUUGGAGGUCCUACACUACCGACUCACUGUCUCCAGCGCCCUCCACAGCCCUGCCCAGCCCAGCCUCCAGGCCCUCCACGCCUACCAAGAGUCCUUCACGCCUACUGAAGAGCACGUGCUGGUGGUGCGCCUGCUGCUGAAGCACCUGCAUGCCUUUGCCAACAGCCUGAAGCCAGAUCAGGCUUCGCCAGGGGCACACUCCCAUGCCACCAGUCCCCUGGAGGAAUUCAAACGGGCUGCAGUGCCUCGGUUUGUCCAACAGAAGCUGUAUGUCUUCCUGCAGCACUGUUUUGGCCACUGGCCUCUGGAUGCAUCCUUCAGAGCUGUCCUGGAGAUGUGGCUGAGCUACCUGCAGCCCUGGAGAUAUGCCCCCGAGAAACAGGCCCAGGGCAGCGAUUCCCAGCCACGGUGUGUGUCGGAGAAGUGGGCUCCCUUCAUCCAGGAAAACCUGCUGAUGUACACCAAGCUGUUUGUAAGCUUCCUGAACCGUGCCCUGCGCACGGACCUCGUCAGCCCCAAGAAUGCACUCAUGGUCUUCCGAGUGGCUAAGGUCUUUGCCCAGCCCAGCCUGACUGAGAUGCUCCAGAAAGGUGAGCAGCUGUUUCUGGAGCCAGAGCUCAUCAUUCCCCACCGCCACCACCACCGCUUCUUCACAGUCCCCAGCAGCUUCCUGUCACCGUGGCCGCCUGUUGUGACAGACGCCUCCUUUAAGGUGAAGAGCCACGUCUACAGCCUGGAGGGCCAAGACUGCAGAUAUACCCCAAUGUUUGGUCCUGAAGUCCGAACCCUGGUCUUGCGCCUUGCUCAGCUCAUCACACAGGCCAAGCAGACUGCCAAGUCCAUCUCUGACCAGUGUGUGGAGAGCCAGGCUGGCUACUCCUUCCUGUCAUGGUUGGGCUUCGGCCCCACAGACACAAGUAGCUGCUACCCAGCCAAUGACCUGGAUGAAAUGUGUCAGGACAGCAUCCGCAAGACAGACGAAUACCUAGAGAAGGCCCUGGAGUACCUGCGCCAGAUAUUCCGGCUCAGCGAAGCCCAGCUGGCCCAGCUCACGCUUGCUCUGGGGAGUGCUCGGGACGAGAGCGGGAAGCAGCAGCUCCCAGAUUGCAUUGUGGGGGAAGAAGGGCUCAUCCUUACACCCUUGGGCCGCUACCAGAUCAUUAAUGGUCUGAGAAGGUUCGAGAUUGAGUACCAGGGGGACUUAGAGCUGCAGCCCAUCCGGAGCUACGAGAUCACCAGUCUGGUCCGUGCACUCUUCCGGCUGUCCUCUGCCAUCAACCGCAGAUUUGCAGGCCAGAUGGCAGCUCUGUGCUCCCGGAAUGACUUCCUUGGCAGCUUCUGUCGCUACCACCUCACUGAGCCUGGCUUGAGCAAUAGACACCUGCUGAGCCCUGUCGGGCGGAGGCAGGUCACCAGUCCUGCUCGGGGCCCCAGGCUCAGCCUCCGUUUCCUGGGCAGUUACCGGACACUUCUCCUGCUCCUGAUGGCCUUCUUUGUGGCUUCUCUGUUCUGCAUUGGGCCCCUGCCCUGCUCCUUGCUCCUGGUCCUUGGCUACGUCCUCUAUGCCAUAGCUAUGACACUGCUCACUGAGCGGGGGAAGCUGCACCAGCUCUGAGCUGUGGCCUUCCUCCUGAGCAGACGUGGCCGGAUGCUUAGAAGCCAGGGGUGGAGGGGUAGGUCAUCUUCAGAACUCUUGGGAGUGGUUUCCCUGUAAUGGUGGAGUUAUCCAAAAGAACACAGAGUUGGAAGGGAGAGUGAUCCAGGCAGGCCUGACACAGAAGGGGCAGCAUCAGAAAGUUCAUGAGCUGUUGUGUAAGACAGUACUGGCCAUGGCUUGUGGGCCAUGGACCUUUAGUCCAAGGGCCCACAAGCAACUGAGCUAGUAUUGAAGGACAUUGUGACCAUUUCAAGAUUCUGCUGUACAGAGCUAAGGAACUAGUGUGCCUACAGCAGGCGUUACUUCUAGGCUCUGUGGGAGCUGAUCCUGUGCAGGUCUCUGAGGUGUGCAGAAUGGGUUGUCCUGUUUUCUCUCCAGGGUACGAAAUACCAGGGCAGCAGCUCAGUACAACUCCAGAGAAGCAAAGCUUUUAAGAGACUGAGCUUGGGGGAGGAGCUGCCCCCCCCCCCUCUGUGGACACAAAACACAGCAGCAUUGGUUCUACCUGUAAAACUAAGGAAUUUAAGGGAACUCACAUUUGUAGCAACACCUGUUUGAAAAAAAACCACCUUGACAUCAAAGCUAAGACCCCAAAGGGCUCAAAUUCACCCUGCAGGUGAUGCUGGUAACAAUACCAUCUCCAUGGUGUUGUUGAAACAGCCCUUUGUUUGGGUGUCUAUAGCUGUUUUUAAAGAAAAAAAACAAACUGUUUUUCUUCAAGCUUAUCACUGGGCUUUGUAUUUCAAUGUAACUUCAGAAUACAUCAUGGGACCCAUGACCAAAAGUCAGCUCAAAACACAACUGGAUCCGAAUAAACAAUUCUUGCUUCA